UCAACUAGGCUACACGGUUCGUCCUUGGGUCAAAUCUGGAGUACCCCUACCAAUGCAGAUGCUGGCUCAUUCGCCUGGCCUAGCGAAGCAACUAGCACAUAGCCCAUCGACUCCUACCAUCCGAAUUGUCGAAUCUAGCGAGAACUCGAACGCGUCAUCACACGUUGCCGGCAGAGAUGCGCGUACAGCAACACCGAUCAGCAUCGACUCCUCAACACCCGGACAGUCCAGCCUCAGGCGCCGCACGCAGAAGUCAGCAUCCCUGAGUUUGCGUACAAAAGAGAAAGAGUCGUCGAGUCGCAAGUCCACACCAACACGAAGGCCGAGAGGCAAUACUGUUCCGUGCAAUGGCACGCCGCAAGGGCCGCAGACGCCUGAGCACAAGAAAGACGGAGCGGAGAGUGUACUUAGCUUUACACCUAGUGUGAGGGGCCAGCAGUUGGCGAAUUGGUUCUCUGGGCUGUUGGGCAGAUAGUCCAUGAGCAAAAGAGAAGGAAGACAGGAAGAGAGGGAAGAGAAGGAAGAGAGGAAGAGAGGGAAGAGAAGGAAGAGAUGAAGAGAGGGAAGAGAGGUGCAGGGAAAGAAGGCAGGAAGGGCACCAAGACUGCCAGUGUCGUUUUCGCAUGGCGUUCAGGCACUGCGCUUAGACCAAUUAUAUCAACUUUGACAUACGAAGCCAUUCGACCAUUCCUGAUAUUGUCUUCCGUUGCGCCCCCAACACCACCGGAACAUGAUCUCAAGAUCUGGCUUGCCGAACGCAAUCCUCAACGUCUGCGC